AUGGAAUGUAGAAAAAGGGAAAAGAAAGGAGAAGGAGCGAAGGAAACUGAAUGUUUGAUGUUCUCGAUUCUGAUUGGGCUGUGGGCCCUCCUUCGGCCCCGCCCACCACCUCCUAAGCCCAGCCAACCAGCGCCGGAGCUUCGGCCCCGGCCGCCAAUGGAAACAGUUCCUAGGAGACGAUCCUCCUCGAAAACCCAUGCACGCCCGUACAGGAUACGCCUACCGCCCAAUCCCAGGCGGGCAAAGAGGUAA